AUGCCGACUCUCGACGUUAGCGAGCUGAACAUCGUUCUCGGUGUACUUGGCCUUUACAUCCUGGCCUAUGGCAUCAUCUCGGUCAAGAUCAAGAGCAAAUGGUAUCUCGGCGAGGCUUUGCCUGCUGUCGCCAUAGGAAUUUGUCUCGGUCCCUUAGCAGCCAAGUUUAUCGAUAGCGACCGAUGGGGUUCCGCAUCCGAAGGGCAGACCAAUGCUAUUACUCUAGGACUUGCUCGUGUCAUGAUUGGCGUUCAGCUAGUGAUUGCAGGCUAUCAACUCCCCGCCAAGUAUCAACAAAAACGCUGGAUGGACAUGGCCCUGUGCCUGCUUCCCAUCAUGACCAUCAUGUGGCUCUGCACCACCCUCUGUAUGCUCGCCACGGUACCAAAGGUCACCUUACUAGCUGCCCUCGUCAUCGCCUCUUGCGUCACCUGCACCGACCCGAUCCUAUCACAAGCCAUCGCCAAGGGCCCGUUCGCAGACAAGUUUGUGGCCCGAGACCUACGUGAGAUUAUAUCCUCGGAAGCAGGGGCGAACGAUGGCUUCGGAUUCCCGUUUCUUAUGCUCGCUGUCUAUCUAAUUCGCCAUGCCGAUAUCCCUGGGGCCGGCAAGGGAAACGAGACCAAUGCGUCAGUGGUCGAAAGGGCAGUCCAACUUUUCGCUCGCCAAGAAGAGGGAGUCGGACGUCUUGGAGGCGGAGUUGGUGUUGCUCUGACCAAUUGGGCCGUGGAGACUUGGCUGUACAUCGUACUGAUGUCGGUGGCCAUUGGCGCUCUCGUCGGCUUCGGGUCUGGAAAGGCUCUGAAGUUUGCCUUGCGGAAGAAGUGGAUCGAUUCCGAGAGCUACCUGCUUUACCCCACUGCAAUUGGAUUGUGGCUCGUUGGCAUCUGCGGCAUGCUCGGCACCGAUGACCUUCUGGCAUGUUUCGUGGCUGGCAACGCCAUGAACUGGGACGGCGACUACCUGGCUGAAACCGAAAAGCGCCACGACGAGGUUAACUCUUCGGUCGAUGUCUUGCUCAACUUUGGAGGAUUCAUGUACAUCGGCUCCAUCAUGCCUUGGGAUCAAUUCAACCAACCCGAUACCACAGGACUGACUUGGGGUCGUCUAUUCGCGCUAGGCGCGCUAGUCAUCGCAUUCCGUCGUAUCCCAGCCAUCUUCAUGUGCUACAAGGCCAUGCCUAAGGUAUGCAAAAGCUGGAAAGAGGCCCUCUUCAUGGGUUACUUUGGCCCCAUCGGCGCGGGGGCGGUCUUUUACGUCGAACAUACACGCCAUCUCUUCCCGGAGCUUGGUCACGGUGAUACGGAAGAAACGGAUCUCGUUCGAGUCAUGGUGCCGGUCGUAUAUUGGCUGGUGUUGUUCUCUAUCGUGGUACACGGCCUGUCGAUUCCCGCCUUGAAUCUGAUCUACAAGUACGCCAGCGUCAAGCCUAUACAGGAGGAUGCCGUCGAGCUGCGUCGAGCAUCCAUCUAUGUACCAACCCCCAACAACGCUCUCGUCGGUAACCGAGAUACCUUCAUUGCUUAUAACCGCUUCUCUCGGCCUGUUUUCAAUACAGCCGAGCUACCCUACAUGGGAAAAGACUCAAGGACAUACAGUGAUGCGAAGUCACUCGAUGACUAA